GCGGCGGUGGCGGAAGCUAUCCUGCGGGGGGCCGGAGGCUGCUCGCUCCACUGGCGCCAUCGCGUCCUCUCGGGGCUUGGCUCGGGAACUCGGAAUCAUGUCCACACCCUGAUAAAGUGCAGGCCUUUCACAGAAGAAUGUUUAAUGAGCCCUUCAGAAAAGCUGAGUGUUAUUAUGAACACACUCCUGUUCCACUGCCUUUUCAGUAAAACUCCCAGGUUCCAAAUGGCCCCUGACACUCUAUUUUGGUGUGAAAAGAAGUGUUCUGGAUCUGUGACCUAUAGGAGAAUGAGAACACAGACAUCCAGAGAGGCCACUGUCUAGGUGACAGGACUGAGACAGAGAACAAGAAGUUUAUCACAAAGCAGAAAAAUGUGUGCAGGAUUUGAACCAGAGAAGACUAUGCUACCAAGAGCCAUUCCCCAGGACCCUGACUUUGGGAAAGCCUCUACAUGUGGGGGCAGCUUUGAGAGCCAGAAGAAAGGCCCAGACAGCAUGAACAUAAAACAUGUCCUUUCCCAGGAGAAAGGUGGCAGUCAGGUGACCACUGGGUGGAGAGUCCAUGAAGGUGAAGACAAUUCAGGCUUAACCACUGAGCUGACAUUUCAGAGAAAUAUUUUAGAAGAAAAAGCUCAUCUUUAUGAUCCACAUGACCAAAGCUUUAAACAAAAUUCAGAGUUCAGCAAAAAUCAGAGGCAACCAAGUAUGAAGAAAUCCUAUGAAUGUAAAGAGUGUGGGAAAACCUUCAAAGGGAGAUCCAGCCUUAUUGACCAUCAAAGAAUUCACAGUGGAGAGAAACCCUAUGUCUGUCUUGAAUGUGGGAAAGCCUUCAUGCAAAAUUCAAGCUUUAUUAAUCAUCGGAGGAUUCACACUGGAGAGAGACCAUAUAAGUGUAACGAAUGUGGCAAAGCCUUCAGGCAGAGAUCAAGCUUUAUUAAUCAUAAGAGAAUUCAUAGUGGAGAGAAGCCCUAUGAAUGUAAUGAAUGUGGGAAGACUUUCAGGGGAAGCUCAGACCUUAUUAAGCAUCGCAGGAUUCAUAGUGGAGAGAAGCCCUACGAAUGUAGUGAAUGUGGCAAGGCCUUUCGUGGCAGCUCAGCCCUUCUGGAACAUCAGAGGAUUCACCGAGGAGAAAAGCCCUAUAAAUGCCAGGAAUGUGGUAAAGCCUUUAGGUGGAGUUCAUACCUUAUUCAGCAUCAGAGAAUCCACAGUGGGGAGAAACCCUAUAAGUGCUUUGAAUGUGGAAAAGACUUUAGGGGAAGAUCUCACCUAAUUCGACACCAGAGAAUUCACACUGGAGAAAAGCCCUAUGGAUGUAAUGAAUGUGAGAAAGCCUUCAGGGCUAGCUCUGAUCUAAUUCAACACCAGAGAAUACACAGUGGAGAGAAACCUUAUGAGUGCCAUGAAUGUGGAAAAGCCUUCAGGCUGAUUUCGACCUUUAUCAACCAUCAGAGAAUACAUAGUGGAGAAAAGCCCUACGAGUGCAUCAAAUGUGGGAAGGCUUUCAGAAGGAACGCAUACCUUAUUCGGCACCAGAGAAUUCAUACUGAAGGAAAACCUUAUGGUUGUCAUGAAUGUGGGAAAGCUUUCAGAGGAAGCCCAGCCCUGACCGAGCAUGAAAGAAUUCACAGAGGAGAGAAACCCCACGAAUGUCACGAAUGUGGGAAGGCUUUCCGGGCAAGCUCAGUCCUUAGUGACCAUCAGAGGAUUCAUAGUGGGGAGAAACCUUAUGAAUGUCAUGAAUGUGGGAAGGCCUUCCGGUGGAGUUCAGAUCUCAUUCAACAUCAGAGAAUUCAUAGUGGGGAGAAACCUUAUAAAUGUUCUGAAUGUGAGAAAGCCUUCAGGAGGAGCUCUGACCUCAUUAAGCAUCAGAGAAUUCACAGUGGAGAAAAACCCUUUGAAUGUAAUGCCUGUGGGAAAGCUUUUAGUGGGAGUUCAAACCUCAUCAGACAUCAAAGAAUUCACGUUAGAGAAUAAUCCCAGAAACUUCAAGCAUAGAGAUAGAGACUGAACCUAUGAUGUCAGUGAUACAGGGAUCUCCCAGGUGAGGAAAUUCUUUCCCCAAAAUAGAUUAGCACCUUCUCUACAAAUUACUAAUUUGUACUAAGUUGCCUAAAGCACUAAGACAGUAAUUCACUUGCCCAAGGGCACAGCUGGAUGUGACAGCUCACUGUAUAGUUCUCUGUCCAAACAGAUAUUGUAAGUUAUUCAAUCAGACAUGUGGCUUUUUUCUGUUUGGAGUCAGGAAGCUGGCUGAAAUCCUGACUCACUUACUAGUUGUGUGGCCCCGGGCAAGGCUUUUCACUCCUGUCAGCUUCAGUUUCCUCAUCUGCAAAAUGAGGGUGUUAGAUUUAAUGGUUUCUAAAUCUAUAAUCCUAUUGUAUUAGAGGCCAUUCAUUAUACAAACAUUUGUCAAGUAUCUACUGUGCAAAACCGUUCUAGGCAGGAAAGAUUCUAAAACAGGAUCCGGCACUUACAUGAUAGUAGGGGCAUGUGGCAUAUAGAUAACACGGAGAACUGUAAUACAUAAUGACUUCGGUUUAAAGAGGGCUAACCACUGAGGAGUGUGCGUUUGCGUGUGUGUGUGUGUGUGUGUGUGUGUGUGUGUGUGUGUGUGUGUGUGAUAUACUCUUAAUAGCUCAUUAAAUCUACUAAAGCGUGGAAGGGUCAUGUGUCAGUAGGAGAGGGACAGGAAAAUUGGCACCACUGGAGUUGAAAUGGGUGGGAGAGGCAUGACGCAUGGCCUUCCAGUGUAGAGAGCAGUAGGCCUCUGAGUCUCGGGAGAGCUAGAAGAGCUCCUUGAGGGCUGGACCAAUGUCUCUGUAAUCUUUCUGUAUGUCUCUUAACUGUAUAAGAAAAGUGUCCUGAAUAAAAAGGCUUGCGUUCCCUGGCA